GAACAUGACGUAGAUGAAUUAUACUAGUCGAAAGUUGACAGCUCAGCAGCAGAAUGAGAAUCGGCUUCUUAAAAUGAUAUUUUCAGCUAAAUAUCACCUAUUUAACGUUUAUACUGAAUUUACCAUUUGAUCAUGAACUGACAUUCAAUUUUAAAACUUGGAACAGAAGUCACCUGCUUGAAUAUAGACUAGGUGGUGGUUUAUGAUCAGACAACAGAAUGUCGUUUGUCGUGGACUCAGUGAUCAUGUUCACCUCUCAGGUGUUGUUCUUUGGCUUUGGGUGGCUUUUCUUCAUGCGACAGCUGUUCAAGGAUUAUGAGGUGCGCCAGUAUGUUGUCCAAGUUGUCUUCUCGAUCACAUUCGCUUUCUCCUGCACAAUGUUCGAGCUCAUCAUCUUUGAAAUACUGGGUGCCUUGUGCAGUAGUUCCAGGUAUUUCCACUGGAAGUUGAAUUUAUAUGUAAUCCUCCUUGUGCUGAUCUUCGUAGUGCCUUUUUACAUUGGCUACUUUGUCGUCAGCAACAUACGCCUGUUGCAGAGACAGAAGCUGCUUUUUGCUUGUGUGGUCUGGUUCACCUUCAUGUACUUCUUCUGGAAGUUGGGGGAUCCUUUCCCCAUCCUCAGCCCCAAACAUGGCAUCCUGUCCAUCGAGCAGCUGAUUAGUCGUGUCGGAGUCAUUGGGGUCACCCUCAUGGCACUGCUGUCUGGCUUUGGUGCCGUCAACUGCCCUUACACCUACAUGUCCUACUUCCUCAGGAAUGUGACCGACAGUGACAUUCUGGCGCUGGAGAGGAGACUGCUGCAGACUAUGGACAUGAUUGUCAGCAAAAAGAAACGCAUUGCCAUGACACGGAGGCAGAUGUACCAGCGAGGGGAGGACCAGAACAAACAGACAGGAUUCUGGGGCAUGAUCAAGAGUGUCACCUCGUCACCAUCAGGCAGUGAGAACUUGUCUCUGAUCCAGCAGGAGGUAGAUGCUCUGGAGGAGCUGAGUAGACAGCUCUUCCUAGAGACAGUGGACCUGCAGUCCACCAAGGAGCGUAUAGAAUACUCCAAGACCUUCCAGGGAAAGUACUUUAACUUCCUGGGAUACUUCUUUUCCAUCUACUGCGUUUGGAAGAUAUUCAUGGCCACCAUCAACAUUGUGUUUGACCGCGUGGGGAAGACGGAUCCUGUGACCAGAGGAAUCGAGAUCACGGUCAACUACCUGGGCAUCCAGUUUGAUGUAAAGUUUUGGUCCCAGCAUAUCUCCUUCAUUCUUGUUGGCAUCAUCAUCGUCACUUCCAUCAGAGGCCUCCUCAUCACCCUCACCAAGUUCUUCUAUGCCAUAUCCAGCAGCAAGUCCUCCAAUGUCAUAGUGUUGGUCCUGGCCCAGAUCAUGGGGAUGUACUUUGUGUCGUCUGUGCUCCUCAUGCGUAUGAGCAUGCCCCUGGAGUACCGCUCCAUCGUCACGGAGGUCCUGGGAGAGCUCCAGUUCAACUUCUACCACCGCUGGUUCGACGUCAUCUUCCUUGUCAGUGCCCUCUCGAGCAUCCUCUUCCUCUACCUGGCCCACAAGCAGGCCCCCGAGAAGCACAUGACCCUCUGACUCCCCGGCUCCUGACUGCAAAUGUGUGACUUUUCACCCGGGAGAUGAUAGGUCCAGAACUGGGAGAGGAGAGGAGGCGAAACAGAGGAGAGAGAAUGUAUCGUGGCCUGUACUUCCUGAAUCAGGAAACCUAGGGAUUAGUCAGGUGAACGGCUUUCGGGUAGAGGUGGAACGCCCUCCUUGAAGAACAGGGUUGGAAUAGACUGUGGAGUAGGAAGGCCUGGAAUGACUCUACGGUGAAACCAUUUGAUAUCGCAACGUAACUAUUUGCAAGCACUUGAAGGUUCAGAGGAUCAAUAAGUGUGUCAUUGGGCUGUUAUCCUGUUGGCCAGAGAUCUGGUCUCCUUGCAUUGGUAUGUCAAAGCUGAUCACAGCCCCCCAGGAUCAAAUGUACACACACACACACACACACGCACGUACGUUUACUAUAUUACGGCUGCUAUAUGUGUCAGUGUGUGCCUAUGCCACUAAAACAGUACUGUCACACUGGUGGGAUGGUUACUCAAUAAACUUGUGUGGUCAUUCUUGA